GUCUGUGAUAAGGUUAAAAUGAUUCAAAACAAAAACACGAGACCAUAAAUAUUUGUGAUUUGCAUAACAAAACAUUUAAUCUCAGUGAGGCUUUUCCGGUGCUCGAGUCUUGACCUCGCUUUCCGGUAAGUUUCAUAACGCCCUUCCACUCGAGAAACUUCACCUUAGACUGAAAGUUGUAGUUUCCGUCAGUUGUUUAAUAGUGCCCGACCACGGCUGUAAAAGAAAGUGUUUAAUUAGUGGCUCAUACAACAAGACGAUUAAGCCUUCAGACGCUUGGAGAAUCCGUGGUGAGGCAGGAUAGAAGGCAAAAAACCAUGAAGAAUAAGAUACUUCUGUGUCUUUCACUUGAUGCGUUGGUGUACCAAAUUAUGGGGAUUUCUGUUUGUCCUACUCGUGAGAUACAGGCCAGGCAAGGAGAAGUCACUUCACCGAAUUUUCCAAACGCUUACCCUUCUGAUUCAAACUGUACUUUGACCAUUGAUGGAGGAAACAAUGUUAAAAUCAAACUAAAGUUUGAAUAUUUUGAAGUUGAAGAAGACGAAAAUGAUCCAAACGAGUGUAACUAUGACGCUGUGCUCAUCAUCGAUGGCCCAAGAACCACUAGAUAAUGCGGCAGAAGAACUCCUUCGGAGCAUACAUCGACAGGAAAUAAGAUUUCCAUCGGCUUUGAAUCGGACAGUAGCAUUGAAAUGAGAGGUUUCAACAUUUCAUUCACCUCCGUCGAAGGUGGGAUACAACUCGCACCAAACGGCUUUGACAUUUGUCCAACAAGAGAAAUAAAGAUCACUCCUGACUCGCCAGAAACAAUGAAAGGAGCGCUUUAUUCGCCAAACUCUCCGAACUUCUACCCAAACGACCAGAGCUGCACAUUAACUUUGGACGUACCUGAUAACUACAAGACUGUUGUCUGGUUCCAGAAGUUUUCUUUGCAAUAUUCUCCGACGUGCGAUUUUGACAAGUUCGUGGUAAGUGAUGAGAGCGACAGUGACACACAGUGCGGGGGGAGUGCAGAACGGCUCCCUCCUUUGAUAGAAAAGAAAGGAAGAAAGGUCAAGUUUGCUUUCACCACUGAUAGCACAAGAACAUCUGCAGGAUUCCAGUUGGAGUAUAACAUCACUCGUCUUGAAGAAGGUCGCUGUGUAUGUACCUCUGGAUUAGGCUACACAACCAUUGCCAACUUCAAACCAAGAAACGACAGAAAGCAUGAUGACAUCCGCUUUGAGUUUAAAAGUUCUCAGUCUAGCGGAAUGAUUAUGUACGCCAAAGGCCUCCACAAGGAUUACAUUUACAUUGGUUACAAAGAUAGCAAUGUUUUUAUGUACCACAUUGAGCUGGGCACAGGAACGCGAAAGAUGGAGGCAACGAACCUGAGACUAAACGACAACAACUGGCACAUGGUCCAUUUGACCCGCGUUGAUCAAUCUCUUUCCAUCAACAUUGACGACGGCCGAGCAACUCUCUCCGGGCAAACUCCAGGAGGUUACAGUCGUCUUGAUAUACCAAACUCAACAGCAUAUUUCCUGGGAGCUCCAACAAGUCUGAACCUGGAACCUAACUUCAUUGGCUGCAUCCGGAAUUUCACAGUCGAUGGAUACGAGCCUCUCACAAACGCCUGGGUAGGAAAGCCCGACUAUUCGAUAGUGGGCAGAAGUUCUAUGAGACAAUGCUCAUCUGAGAAAUAAGACUGAACAUGCUGGCUUAAGGAGCAAAUGAGGAUUUGUUUAUUUCAUUUUCUUUAUCGAAUAUAACCACGCGUUUAUUAAAUAUCUUGAUAAAGCCUAAAAGGCGUGCACUAUCUCAUAAUCAGAAAAAAUAAGUUUACCAUCUUUGAAUUUUAUUCGGGGAAUGGUUUUACUAUGAACGUUUAAACGCCUUCAGGGACCGGUCAUUAUCUUUGCUUGGGGGGAGAGGCUGGUGGAGGAUUUUGGUUGUCACGAUAAAAUUUACCUGAUGUCCCCGUAAGGCUCUGUAGCAUUCUUAUAAUCGACCCCCACCCCCUCCCCUCCCAUUGGAAGUCAAUUUCCCAUAACCCCCCUUUAAAUUCUGUUAGAGACGACUGAUUCCUCCUCUACCCCCCCCCCUGAAAACCAUGUGAUCCCACCAAAAUCCUCAGACGCCUCCAAGCGAUAAUAGAGAUUGAUCCCUGAACAGGUCUCCCCCGGAGAAUCAUUGAAUUCUUGAAGUGUAACUCUUUAGCUCUUUUAAAUGUAAUAUUGCGCUGUUAAUAUGCUUAUACUACUUAAGAAUUGUCCAAAAAAAAGCUGUAGUAAGACUAUUGCUUCUGUUCAAAAGAGAGACCAUAGCUUGUCAAACUAU